AUUAUGUGAAAAUGUCCAUUCUAUUCCUGAUGACAUCGACGCAUUAUUCAGUACAAAAGAUCUUGCAGAUAUAAAUCGGGGUUUAGAAAACACUACAAAACGAUUUGAAAAAAUCGAACUAAAGAAAGAAGAGGCUCUUGUAGGCUUAAAUUUGUCAAGAAAGAAAGCCGACAUGAAGAUCGACAAUGAAAAGCAAGAGCUUAUUAACCAUAUAGAAAACAUGGCAAGACAGUCUAAAAAGGACGUUGGGAGAAAAUACGAGACCGCAAAAGAUGAGAUUGAAAAAGACCGACAAGCAGCGAAAGAAUUCAAAGAUGGCUUUAGAAAGCUAACAACAGAAUUUGAAACAUCAGCAGGAAACAAGUCACAACAAUUUGUAUGCAUGAACAUUGCAAAACGAAAACUAAAAGAAGGAAAAAAGAGCUUAUCUGACUUCAAAUGCACUGGAGAAGCCAGCGUUUCAUUUCAUGUAGAUUCGGGAAUAGUGAAUUUUUUUAGAGACAUUAAAAUCUUUGGUACAGUAAAAUCCACAAUAGAAACCAGCCACCACUACACCGUUGAGACUGUCAAAGAUAUGAAUGUUAAGUUACAAGAUGAUGAAACAACUUGUGAUAUAUCUGGCUCAUGUUUGAUAGAAGAUGGAACGCUGUUAUUAGCUGAUUGCGAAAAUAAAAAGCUUAAGUGCGUUAAUAUCGAAACUAUGACUAUUAAUAGUUCCUGUAGUUUUGACCAAACGCCAUGGGGUGUAUGCUGUACCAGUAAAGAUGAAGCAGUCGUUACCCUUUCUUCGCCUUGUAGUAUUCAGUUUGUCUCAAUCGGUACUGAACUAAAACCUACAAGAAAAGUUAACAUUAAUCAUAACUGUGGUGUAGGAAUUUCCUUUAAGGAUGAUAAGCUAUAUAUCACUGAUAAUGCCAAAACGUUAUAUAUACAUGAUAUGUGCGGUAAAGAACUACAAAAGAUAUCAACAGACAGCACAGGCAAUGGUCUGUUUAACUGUGUUCGAGAAAUUGACCUCAGUGAUGCUUUGCGAGGUGGUGUAGUUGCAGAUCUGUAUGAAGGUGUUAUCAUUCUUAAUGAUCAGUAUCAGCGCAUUGCUGUAUAUUGUGAACCCGAGUUGCAAAAUGCAACAUCAGUGUGUACAGAUGAUGUAGGAAGCAUAUUUGUAUGCGGAUAUAACUCACGCAACGUGUUACAGAUUGGAUAUGAUGGGAAGAAGAUAUGUGAUGUGUUGACAUCAACGCAUGGACUACAAUAUCCCGAGUCACUGUGCUUUGAUUCUAUAAAACGCCGAUUGAUAGUGAGUCAGAACAGUGACUUUGUCAAAAUUGUUCAACUUAAAUAG